UGCUUGUGUGCUCUCUCUCUCUCUCUCUCUGACAACAGAAGGAAGGAAGGAGGAAAGAAAUUGAGGGAUCUUCCAACAUGGGAUCUAUUUCAUUACAUGGCCACCAUUAGUGGCUACUUGGAGUGCUGUCCCUGUUGAUACCAAUCUCUGUUGUCUCCUGACCAAGGGGUUUCAUGUUAUUUCGUGUGUAUCAUUGGGCUUGAACUCUUGUUGUUAUAAUAAAGUGGAGAGGGCUAUUAUAUUGUGUCCACUUCACCCAGGCAUUUGUGUCACCUGCCUGGCGGGUGUCAGUGUGAGUUUGAGAACCUCACUCUGUGGGGGUGUGGGCGCAACUCUUUCAGCAUCCUUAGUGACAUCUACCAUUCACUGAGCCCUUAUUACAUGCAAAGUCCUGAGCUAACAGUUUUUCAUACAUUAUCUUUUUAAUUCCUAUAAAACCUUAUGAGGUGAGUAUGGACUAUUUCUUCCAUCUUACAAGCGUGGAAGCUGAAGCCCAAAGAUGGAAAUAACACCCACGAUUAUAAACUUCUAACUGAUAACACUGAGAUUUAAACCUUGGCCUGCCUGGGUCCAAAGCUGGGACUUUUCAACUUUUCAUUACAUUGCUACCCUAACCAAUAACCUGAUAACACUGGGAUUACUGCCUCCAUACAGUGUUUACUCCUCCUCAUACUCAAUCCCUGGGGGGAAAAUCCCAGGAACAGGGCUGAGCACUGCCCUGACCUCGCCAUGGCCCUUGGCAGACACCCACUGCAUGCCAGUGUCAGACCGAGCUAUCACUUUGCAAGCUCUGAGAGCUACAGCUCCACUGGAGAGGGAGGAUGGGAGGUGCGGGGUCACUGUGUCUCGGGCAGCAGCCCAUUAAUCACUGCCCCUGGCUUUGUGUGUGUGUGCAGCUGGGCUAUGCCAGCACUGUCCCAGAGCUCUUAUAAAGGGGCUCGAGCCCUAAGCUCACAGCUCUCAGACCUCUGAGAUGGGCAGACUGUUGCUGUGGAUUGGCCUGGUUCUUGUGCUGAAACAGCACGAUGGCGCUGCCUACAAACUGGUGUGUUAUUUCACUAGCUGGGCACAGGGUCGCGCCAGCCCUGCCUCCGUCUUGCCCCAGGACCUGGACCCCUUUCUCUGCACGCACCUGAUAUUUGCCUUUGCCUCAAUGAACAACAAUCAGAUUGUUGCUAAGGAUCCCCAGGAUGAGAAAACUACGUAUGCAGAGUUCAACAAACUCAAGCAGAGGAACGGGGAGCUGAGAACACUGCUAUCCAUUGGUGGGUGGAAUUUCGGCACUACCAGGUUCACCACUAUGCUGUCCACAUUAUCCAACCGGGGAAGGUUUAUUGGUUCGGUUAUAUCCCUCCUGAGGAGACAUAAGUUUGACGGUCUGGACCUCUUCUUCCUGUACCCUGGACUGAGAGGCAGCCCCAAGAGUGACCGGUGGACUUUCCUCCUCUUAAUUGAAGAGCUCCUGUCUGCCUUCCGGCAGGAGGCGAUACUCACGGCGCGUCCCAGGCUGCUGCUCUCUGCCGCCGUCUCUGGGGACCCACAGACCAUCCGGACGGCUUAUGACGUGCGCGCUCUAGGAGGACUCCUGGAUUUCAUCAAUGUCUUGUCUUAUGACUUUCAUGGAGGCUGGGAAAAGCUCACAGGGCACAACAGCCCCCUGUACUCUCUGUCUGGAGACCCCAGCUCUUCGGCGUAUGCCAUGAAUUACUGGCGAAAGCUGGGGGCACCCCCAGAAAAGCUCCUCAUGGGCUUCCCCACCUAUGGGCGUACCUUUUGCCUCCUUAAAGCCUCUAAGAAUGGACUGCAGGCUGAAGCCGUGGGACCUGCGUCUCCAGGAAAGUACACCAAGCAAUCUGGCUUCCUGGCUUAUUAUGAGGUUUGCUCCUUUCUCCAGAGAGCGACAAAGCACUGGAUUGAUUUUCAGCAUGUCCCCUACGCCUACAAGGGGAAGGAGUGGGUUGGCUAUGAUGAUGCCAUCAGCUUCAGUCACAAGGCAAUGUUCAUAAAGAAAGAGAAUUUUGGGGGAGCUAUGGUGUGGACGUUGGACCUGGAUGACACCAAGGGUGCUUUCUGUGGCACUGGCCCUUUCCCCCUUGUCAGCAAGUUGAAUAGUCUCCUGGUGCAGAAUGAGUCCAGCUCAACUCCUUCACCAAAAUUUUGGUUCUCAACUGCUAUGACUUCUCCAAGAACUGGCCCUGAAAGGCCAGCUAUAACCAAAGCUUGGACCGCUGAUAUGAGGAUUUCAUUCCCAGGAGGAAAGUCUCUGGCCGCUAAUAACCAUGGAAAGUUUCAAAAUAUGACUACAAGAAACAGAGGUGGGACUGUGACCCCUACAAGGGAAACUGAGUCCUUUGGAAAUUUCACUGUAACUCUGGAAGGGAAGAUUGAGACCUUUGAAGAAACCAUGACCAAUGGAGAGACGACUAUGAUUCCUAAUUAUUUUUGGACCUCUGGAAGAACCAUGCCCCGUGGAAAGAGGGCUAUAGACUCUGAGAUGAUGACUAUCCCCUCUGGAAAGAUGACAGUCAUUCCUGAUAGGCAGACCAAGACCCUUAGAGAAGAGAGUUUGAUUUCUGAGGUGGACACUGAUCCCCUGUUGGAUUAUGUUGUUCCUCACAUGGAAGCUGAAAACAGGAGGUCAUCCUCUGGUCCUGUCAUAGCCCCAGGACACAUUCCUCUUGCUUUUGACAAUCCCUGUAUUCAUUACGGAAACAAUUCCUCUGUCAAUCUUAUGACCCUUCCAACAAGUGAUCCCUCUCUAAAAAAAGAAAACCCAGAAAAUUCUGCUGUGGGUCAAGGAGCCUAGGCUCUGUUGAAGGCAGAAGCUGGGAAAAGCCCUUGUCUUUUCUUGUAGGGAGCUGCUUUUACCCAGACAUUCAUAAACCCUUCAUGGGUAUGGGCAGACCCCAAUAUCAGUGAGAUCAUCUCUUUUCUGUUGAAUAAACUGGAAACACAAGAAUCCA